AUGCGCAUAUCUGAACCAAAUGAGUUUGACAUCAUGCUUGUAAUGCCUGUCGCAAGACUUCAGCUGGAGGAAUGUGAUGAUACUGGAGCCUAUUAUUUUCUAACAUUCAAAAGAAAUCCAAAAGAAAAGCAUUUGUUCAAGUUUUUAGAUGAAGAUGGCAAAUUAUCAGCCUUCAAAAUGCUUACAGCUCUAAGAGAAAUUAUUAAACGAGAAGUAAAAAACAUUACAAAUGUGGAAGUCACUGUGAAAAGGAAAAAGGCCGGAAGCCCUGCAAUAACUCUUCUGAUCAAAAAUCCUCCAGCAGAAAUAUCAGUGGACAUCAUCUUGACUUUGGAAGUUCAGCAGAGCUGGCCGCCCAGCACACAGGAUGGCCUCAAAAUUGAACAAUGGCUGGGAAGAAAAGUCAGGGGAGAGCUCAGAAAUAAAUCACUUUAUUUAGUAGCCAAACAAAACAAAAGAGAAAAGGUUCUGAGAGGAAACACCUGGCGAGUCUCUUUCUCACAUAUUGAGAAGGCCAUGAUGAACAACCACGGCAGCUCAAAGACGUGUUGUGAAUCUGAUGGACCAAAGUGCUGUAGGAAAGGUUGUCUAAAGCUUCUGAAGUAUCUUCUAGAGCAACUUAAAAUGAAACACACAAAAGAGCUGGACAAAAUCUGUUCAUAUCAUGUCAAAACUGCCUUCUUCCACUCAUGUGUCAUAUGGCCAAAUGACACAGACUGGUGCUUAGGAGACUUGGAUCAUUGCUUUCACAAAUACCUCGCAUAUUUUCUGGAUUGCCUGGAAAAGUCUCAUCUACCACACUUUUUUAUUCCCCAGUACAACUUACUCAGCCCAGAAGAUAAAGCGAGCAGUAAUUUCCUUUCAAGACAAAUAAAAUAUCAAUUGAACAACAGAUUCCCAAUAUUUCAGGAGUUACUGUAA